GGCUUCCUCAACACCACACCUCAUCCUCCAGCAGCAGCACCACCACCACCACCAGCCUGCACCCUCCCAGGCGACGACGGACACAGCACACGCUCGCAGUCAUGUCGCUUCUACACAAGUCAAUUGGCUCUCGCCUGCUCGCGUCGAGCGUUCGGCGGGCUUCCGUCAGGGCCUUCUCCACGUCUUCGUCCAGGAUGGCGGAUCCGGCCGCAGAACCUCCCGCUGAGCGACCGGACUCCACGCAGAUGGUCUCCAAGGAGUCGGCAGGUCAAGCGCAGCCAAGGCAUCAGCCCGACUACGACGUCGCUGUCGACUACAGGACCUCAGCAUAUUCCCCCAUCCCAAAGCGCGUCAUGGACGGCUCCGAGCCGGGUGAGACUCUACCUGCAGCAGUCCUCUCGGGCGCGCCCGUUGAUCUUCAGGCACGCACCGUCCGCAUCUACCGACCAACGAAGCCCGCCACGCAGUCCGGCACCUGGCACUCGGCCCACUGGCUCAUGGAUUGGGACCCGCUCCCCAAGGGUCACCGGUGGGAGAACCCGCUCAUGGGCUGGCAGUCGAGUGGCGACUUCAUGAACGGCGAACGCAUCAGCUUCAAGACCAAGGAGGACGCCAUCGCGUUUGCCAACAAGCAGGGCUACGAGUACUACGUCCAAGAGCCCAACGAGAGGCGUUUCGUGCCCAAGGCGUACGCGAACAACUUCGUGCACAGCCCGAAGAAGCUGAAGAUCAUUCGGACAAAGUAGAGUGGGAUGCGUGCGUGCGGGUGAAGAAUAAGAAGAAUGGACGGAGAGGCGGAGAGAGGUGGGGGAAAAAGGGCAAUAAAGUCACCGGAUAAGGACUGGCAUCAUCUGUAUAUAUAAACCCGUAGCCAGGGACGUCGCCUAUGUUGCAUGCUCAAAAUAGAUUCAUACGCAAUCCCGUCACCGCAAAACUUUGACAAUUACAUUACUGCCCGGCA